AAACGACGCUAGAAAAUAGGCGGAAAAACUCAAAAGAAAAAACAAAAAAAAGAAGUCAAAAGAAGAAACAAAAAAAAAAGAAGACGCUUGCUUGCCAAAGAAUUUUCACGAAAGAGAAGAGCAAAAAUUAAAAAAAGUAAUAAAUAUUUACUAAAUAAAUCCAAAAUGCCACGAACAAAAGUGUCAAAGAACUCAAAACGGAAUCGUGAGGUGUCCAAUCUCGAGGAAAAAAUCAACAAUUUCGAAAGGAAAGUGGACGUCGUCUUCAACGAUAUGGACGAACUGGAAAUGCAAUUCAUUAGCACUCUGGACACUCGGAUCAAAUCGCUAACACUGUGCAUGCAGGUCGAUAUAAGGGAAAUGAAAAUGCCCGAUUUUAUAGACGUGAUCGUGGAUCUUGUGAGAUUUUCAGACUUUAAGGCCAGCGACCACACUCAGAUGAUUGCCUCGAUGUCCGUCAGCCAGAACACAACCGAUGGACACAGUUUGGGUGUGGGCAUGGGCGGCACUGUGGUGUCUGGCAAUCGCAACGAUGAAGGCUACCUUACAGAGGACAGCAGUUUGGGGGGACUCAGCUCGGCCAGCACUCUGUCGGCAUUCGGAGGAGCCAGUUCCAUGCUGAAAUCGGCCAAAGCCUUAAGAACACCAGGACCCUUACAUUCGGCCCGGGCACGUCGUGCUCGUCGCAGUCGCUCUGCCUGCGGCGAUAUGAGCGCCUUGCAUUCGGCCAGACCACCAGCAGUAGUUCCAUCAUCCUCGGCGUCCAGUCGCGUGUCCCGCAACAAAAUGCGUACACCCAUGGCCACCAGACCAAAGGCAUUCAGUGCUGAUCGCAACACACCCAUGGGCAAGAAAAUGUCCCGCAACUCAUCGCCCUCCACACCGCCAGUGGCCUUCCUGCGCUAUCCCAAGCCCGGCGAGAUGGCCCUCUCCAAAUUUGGCAGUCCCAUGGUGGUUCAAGCCAUGCCCGAUAAAUUCGCCAAUGUCAAUAUACCCAUUCGCAAUGGUGUUUUAAGUCUGAGACCAAAGAGGCUUGCCGCCGAUGAAGUCGAAACGGAUCUGCUGCAAGCUCUUGACGAGGAUACAUUAAAUCAAAUUAAAACAUUGCAUGCCAAUUUGCAAGUGAUUGUCAAUACGGCCAACAAGGCGGGUUUAAAGUAACCCGCCAGUCAUAAUAAAUUCAAUAUACACUUACCUUAUAUCGUACAUAUACCACAUAUAUAUCAUAUAUAAUCAUCUAUUUUUAAUAUGUAUGUCUCGUUCGUUAGUUUAAGUUUUCAUAACCUUCAAUUGUUUAAGAUUUCAACUGAAUAAAACAAAAAUUAUGUUCAUCCAA